CAAAACGUACGUGUGGUCCUUAUAGCUCACCAAUCUUCCACAUCCUGAUAAAGCCUAGUACCGUCGUCGUCAAUCUCAAAAUCAAAAUGGUCGGAAAGGAAGAUCCGCCGAUGGGGAAAGAAUCCGCCAACACCGUUGCCGGAAGCGAGAAUCAUAAAACAGCGAGGCUAGCCAUACUAGAGCUCGCAAACAUGAUCAGCGUUCCGAUGUCCCUCAAUGCCGUCGUCCGUCUCAAAAUCGCCGACGCUAUCUGGCAAGGAGGUUCCAAUUUUCCGCUCUCUGCUUCUGAGAUCCUCGCACGCUUGGUUCCAUCCGGUGGCGACGCCGAUAAUCUCGAGCGGAUCCUCCGUAUGCUCACUAGCUAUGGCGUUUUCGAAGAGCAUCUCAACCCUAACUCGUCGGACCGCCGGUAUUCCCUCACCGACGUAGGAAAAACUCUGGUCACCGAUUCCGAUGGUCUCUCUUACGCGUCGUACGUGCUUCAGCAUCAUCAGGACGCGCUUAUGAGAGCGUGGCCAAGAGUGCACGAGGCUGCGAUUGACGCUACUACGGAGCCGUUUGUCAGAGCUAAUGGCGAAGCAGCGUACAGUUACUACGGGAAGAAUGAGGAGAUGAACUUGUUAAUGCAGAGAGCGAUGGCCGGCGUAUCAGUGCCGUUCAUGAAGGCUGUAUUGGACGGCUACGAUGGCUUCGGAGGCGUGGAGAAAUUGGUCGACGUCGGCGGCAGCGCCGGUGAUUGCUUGAGGAUGAUCCUACAGAAACAUCCUCACAUUAAGGAAGGAAUCAACUUCGAUCUGCCGGAAGUGGUGGCUAGGGCUCCCAGCAUCCCCGGGGUGACUCACGUUGGAGGCGACAUGUUCAAGUCCGUCCCCACCGGUGACGCUAUUUUCAUGAAGUGGGUUCUGUCAACAUGGACGGAUGAUGAAUGCAAGAUGAUAUUGGAGAACUGCUGCAAGUCACUCCCGGCGGGAGGGAAACUGAUCGCCUGCGAGCCGACGGUGCCUGAGAAGACGGACGACAGUCACCGGACACGUGCCCUUUUAGCCAACGACAUAUUCAUCAUGACCAUUUACAGUGCGAAGAGUAAGCAGAGGACUGAGGAUGAGUUCCGGCAGCUGGGCCUCUCCGUCGGCUUCUCCGGCAUGCGCUCAUUCCACGUGGAUUACUUCUAUUGUGUGUUGGAAUUCCAGAAGUGAAGGCUUGGAUGUUAUUGCAGAGAUUUUAGAUUCGGCUGUUUACAAUUGGCAUUGGAAUCUGAACAAAUAUUUUGAUUAGUAUUCAAACAAUGGUGUAGUGGAAGAUUGGUUGGGUUGGGUGGAGCAACCUAACACCCCUCACACACUCUGUGAUUUUCUGUCUUCUUCCUCAUUGUGGGUUCCAGCCAUGGCCCUCCCCUUCCCGCCAGUAUUCACCCAUCCCCAUUCUAAUCAUAUCUUACCCACAUUUCCAUUUU